AUGCGUCUCUCACGAGCCAACAACACCUUCUGGAUCCUAUGGCUCUCCUUUGCCAUGUGGUGCUGGUUCAACUCUGCCGACGACCCAUCCUCGCCCUUCUUCAGCCCAAAGCGAGCGUUCAGGCGCGCCCACUCGCUUGUUCGCCAGUCAGAGGCGACCGUCUUUAUCGAGCGCCUCCUCGCCUCGCGCGUGUCCAGCGAGGCCAGCCUGGCGCACGAGACCGAGCGGCUCUGCGUGGGCAUCCCCAGCGUGCACCGUCCCCACUCGACGCCUCUGCUCCACACGCUCGGGACGCUGAGCGACAACCUGUCGGCAAAGGAGCGAGGCAACAUACACAUUGUCGUCUUGCUUGCGGACAGGAGCCCGAGGACGCACCCUGCCUAUGGGGAGCCGUGGCUGACGCAUUUGGCCGACGACGUCAUGGUCUACGAGAAUCACGACGACAAGGACGCGCACGGCAAGCAUGAGCCGGACUCGGCGUAUCGCGUCAUACCGUACGACGUGCGCAGGAAGGGCAGAGGAUGGACCCGAGGCGAGACAAUUCAGCUGGAUCAUUCUGUGCUGAUCGAGGCAUGUAGACAGCAUGGCUCACCCUACUUUGCCCUCAUGCAGGACGACGUGAUUGCCUCGAGGGACUGGUACCAGCGUGCGAUGAAUGGCAUAGACGAGGUCGAGCAGCGUUCUGAGGAGAGCAAGCAGGAUUGGCUGUACCUACGCCUGUUUUACUCCGAGAUGCUGAUGGGCUGGAACAGCGAAGAGGUGCCCGAGUACCUGAAACAGAUUGGUACCGCAUAUGGCCUACUGGCCGCGUUGGUGAUGCUCGCGUGGGCGUUCCGGCGGCGGCCUAGUUGGCACUCGAAGCUGGGCAUUGGCUCCCCGGUGCCUCACAGCUUCGGCCACGCAGCCGCUCUGAUUCUUGGGCUCUGGGCGCCGGCGGCCACUGUGCUCGUCUUCUUGACCGGGCGCGUCACGCUGCACCGGAUCAUGACACCGCCUCAGGUACGCGAGAUGCCCCAGUACGGCUGCUGCGCCCAGGGACUCGUGUUCCCGCUCCGACACCUCGAGGGCCUGCAAGGGGUGCUCCGCGAGCCGCCGUAUCGUUUCCCGGCGGACAUGGUGAUCGAUGUCUUUGGCGACGAGAGGGGCCUGGCCAAGUGGGCGUUGGACCCGAGUGUGCUGCAGCAUGUGGGGAUGCUUGAAUCCUCCGAUCGAGGGAAGAGGGUAGAGGUGUGGAACUUUGGCUUUGAGAGGCAGAGAUGA